UCAGCUUGUUUCAGUCUUUGAAAUUCUACUGAACUAUCAGCGACUUGAAGAUGUGUACAGGAAAAUGUGCCAAAUGCAUUGGGAUCACCCUGUACCCCUUUGUGGUUUUAUGUAUCAUCUGCAAUGUUAUUCUCUUUUUUCCUAACUUUGACUAUGAGUACAUCACGAAUCCGAAACAACGGAUGACAGUAGAAGUUAUGAUGAUGGGUGGACUUCUAGGUGGAGGUCUUCUGGUUCUGUUCCCGGCAAUACAUAUUCAGGCCACAGGACGCGAAGGAUGCUGCAACAACAGAUGUGGAAUGUUCUUGUCAAUCAUUUUUGCUGCAAUUGGCAUAGUAGGAGCUGCUUACUGCUUUGUCAUUUCCACACUGGGAAUUGUGCAUGGGCCCACUUGCCUUUUCUUGAAUGGAACAGAUGAAGCAUGGGGAACGCCAUUCAAAGACAACAUUACAAAUUUUAACAGUGAGAAUUACCUAUUUGAUACUAAUCUGUGGGAUAAAUGCGAAGAACCUGAUAAUGUGGUGAUAUUCAACAUUAUUCUGUUUGGCAUCUUAAUGGGAUCCAGCUUCAUCGAAUUCAUUCUUUGCUUCGUUCAAAUGAUCAAUGGGCUCUUUGGGUGCAUCUGCGGAACGUGCGGAAAGAAGAAACAGAAAGCGCGUGCCGUUUAAAGCAAUGCAACACUGAAGAGCUGUGGUUUUCACUUUAGCAUCUUACCAACUGUUUUGAUCUAAACAUGUAUCAGAUGACUUCUAGAAGAGGUUCUUCCAUUCUUUUAAAUAAAUAAAUAAACUUG